UGAACGUCUCAUAAUUUCGCCUAAGAAGACGCUUUUCCGUGCCUCUAGAACCCUAAUAUUUCAGAGUUAGGGUUUUAAAGGCUCCCGAACUGCACCGUUUAACUCUCCUCUCUGGUUUUAGAGUACUGCGCUGCUAUUCCACCCACCAAUGGCCUUCUGGGGAAUCGAAGUAAAACCAGGCAAACCGUAUAUCCACCGGUACGAAAAUGAGAGGGGAAGACUUCAUAUAUCUCAGGCAACACUGGGUAGCGGUUCUUCAACUAAGAAGAGCAAAGUGCAGUGUAAUGUGGGAUAUAAAAGUCCCAUUUACUUGUGCUCGUUGUUACCAGAAAGACUCGAGACUUGCGCAUUGAAUCUUGAGUUUGAGGAGGAGGAUGAAGUUACCUUCUCAGUUAUUGGUCCUCACAGCGUUCAUCUAUCCGGGUUCUUCUACGGUGAAAAUGAUCAGGAUAAGGUUCGAGAUGAUUCUGGGUCUGAUUCUUAUGAAGAGAAUAUCGUGGGUUCUGAUUCAGAAGAGGAGGAUGAUUUAAUGAAUUAUGAUUCUGAAGAUGAAGAUGAGGAGGCUGACUUUAUUGAUGAUGAUGAUCUUGGCAUAUACCCACCUUCUCCUGUCCCCAACAGUGGAGUGAGAAUUGAAGAAAUAGUGGAUGAUGAGAAGCCUGUCAAUGAGAAUGGUGUGUCUAAACGAGCUAAAAAGAAGAAAAGUCAGUCAAAUGUGUCUGAUGACAACGUGAAUUCUGAUAGGCAGCUUGUGGUCAAGGGUGGGCAUGAUGUUCCUGUCUUGGAAAGUGAAGAUGACGAUGGGUUUCCAGUAUCUGCUAGCAGAGAAAUCAAAGAUGAUAAUGCAGAUGAGGAAGCCUUGAAAAAGAAACCAAAAACUGAAGCAAGCAAAAAAUCGAAAAGAAAGAUUGAUGCAGUUGGCCGAGAUGCAGAACAUCCAAGUAGGGAAAAUGACACACCACAUGGCUCUUCAGACCCAACUGAUAACGUGUCCCAAAAUGAUGCUAAAACAAAGAAAAAGAAUAAGAAGAAAAAGGCAACAAAGGAGGCUCAGCAAACUGUCUUGGCAGAUUCCAACGAUGCAGAGCAGCUGCCUGUGGCUGAGAUGGAAAAUGAUUUGAAGGCAACAAGUGACAAGAAGAAAGAAAAAAAGAAGAAAAAUAUACAGAACAAAACAGAGGAGAUUGCAUCGAACAGGAAUGCAGAUCAAAGCAUAAAAGAUAAAAAUGGAUCCACUCUGGAGAUGGAAGAGAAGCAAGAAGCAAAACCAUUGCAAGUGAGGACGUACCCAAAUGGGUUGGUCAUAGAGGAGUUGGCCAUGGGUAAACCGGAUGGAAAAAGAGCUUCUCCUGGGAAAAAGGUUACUGUCCAUUACAUUGGGAAGCUGAAGAACAAUGGCAAAAUAUUUGACUCAAAUAUUGGCAGAACACCCUUCAAAUUUCGUUUGGGUAUAGGACAAGUUAUCAAGGGUUGGGAUGUUGGGGUUAAUGGCAUGCGUAUUGGUGACAAAAGGAGACUCAAAAUUCCACCUGCCAUGGGUUAUGGAGCUAAAGGAGCCGGUGGGACCAUUCCACCGAAUUCAUGGCUGGUAUUUGACGUCGAGUUGGUUGAUGUAAAUUGAGCACAAAAAACCUUGCACCUCCUAUUCGAAUCUGUCCAAAUCUCGACUUGUCAAGGUAGUUUUGCGAUGCAUUCCAAUUUUGUAACUGGCCGUAGAAGUGCAGCAACGUUCAGCAGGAUGAAAUUUUGAGACCUGGUGGCUAUUCCUGUCUUGAUUUUGUUUCUAAACUUGUCAAAUGUUUCUAGAUCCAACCAACAUUAUAGUUUUGUCAAUUAAGUCUUUAUUGUACAAAGACUUAUCCAAGAAAACUCACCAUUAUUUUUAUGGGUCUGCCAGCACAUGAAAUUUUUUUCUUGCGUCGAGAAGUGCCCAAGUGAUAGUUUGUUCUGACAUGUUAUUAACCUCUUGUGACGAAUAAAUAAUGAUGAUGACAAGGAA